AUGUCGACCUCCGACUCGGGCGUACACAUUUUCAACCCCAAAGACAACCCAUCGCUGGCAGCGACCUAUUCCCAGAUCAGUGUCGUACCCAUCUCGGAAACCAAACGACUGAUCUCCUUUGCGGGUCAGACUGGAACCAGUCAUGGCAAGGCAGACAACGAGAAGCUGUCCUUUGCCGACCAGGUUCGAUUAGCUUUGGAGAAAGUUGAUAAGAACCUCGCCGCUGUUGGGGCGAGUAAGAAGGAUAUCGUGAUGAUCAGGCCAUAUGUGGUGAAACUCACCGGCUUAUCGGAGGAGAAUGUCAAGGCCAAGGAUGAUAUCUUCUUGCAGUGGUGGAGGAGCACAGAAGGCGACAGGCUACCGCCGCCCGAUUCGUUGCUCGGAGUCGACAGUCUGUGGAGUAAAGAGACGCUGUUUGAGAUCGAGGUGCAGUGCAUAGCUGAUAUCUAA